AUGCCUGGGACGGAGCGUAAGAACGUGCAGCCGAGCAGUGUGCGGACUCCGGCAGAGCUCGAGGUUGAGUGUGCUAUUCAACUCAGGAGAAUUGGAAACAAUCUGAAUUUCAGGCACAAGCUUCUGAAGCUGAUAGCCAAACUGUUCUGCUCAGGAACCUGA